AUGAAACACUCUUUAUAUUUCGUAUCCUCCAAAUAGUAAUCCUUUUGGAAUAGAAACUUAAGUGCUCUGGUCAAUUACGAUUUUCAUUAAUUGUCUGAAGAUCAAAAGACUAUCGUGUUGUUUAAACAAGGUCAAAUACUCAAGAUAAUAACUCCUCGGAGAUACAAGAUUUAUAGACAACACUUAUUCUAUUUUCGAAAGGUAAGGAAUUUAUUUUAUAAGUGAUUCUAUAAAGAGUGGUGAAAUUGGAGGUUUUCUCCUUCUGAAAAAUGUUUAUUGUUCUUUUCGAAGCAAAGAUAAUACUAUUCUCGUUACUCUAUCACAUGAUUUUUAGUAAAUAGUGCUACAAUCAGGAAAUAAAACCGAGGAAGUUGACAAUUUUAUUCAUGAGUUGAAACAGAAUUGCAUUUAAGAAUCAAUUCCUGCAUCUUUCCAAAUUCCAAGAUAAAAAAUUGGAGAAGGCAUAACUUCAGAAGUAAUUUAAUAUUAUUAUUCUUCCUAGGUGUUUGUGAUAAAUCAUCAAAAUAAUUAAAAAUUUGCAAUUAAAAAAGUGGUAAAGGCUCCUUUGGGACACAAAAUGAGAGAGAAACAGGCCAAGAGUUUGGCUGAAGAAAUAUUUAUAAUGCGAAGUUUAGACAAUCCCAACAUCCCAAAAUUGCAUGAAGUUUAUGAAAACGAUGGUAUCUUUAAUUAUUUAAAACUCAGAUUCUGUAGAAUUAAUAAUGACAUAUUACGAAGGAGGUCAUCUAUAUGAAAAACUCUAGAAUUUUUCACUUUAAUAGAAAUAAUAAUUAGUAAGAGAUAUUCUAGAAACUAUGAAUUAUGUCCAUUCAUAAUAAAUAAUGCAUCGAGAUUUAAAACCAUAAAAUAUCAUGUAUAAAGACAAAGAUCCUUUCAGCACUGACAUAGCUAUAAUUGAUUUCGGAUUUUCAACAAACUAUAAAUAUUAAGAACAUGUAUUAUAUAAUUGUGGAACUCCUGGCUAUGCAGCACCUGAAGUCUAGGAGUAUAAGGAAAAAUAAAAAAUGUAUACUACUUAAUGCGAUGUUUACAGUUUGGGAAUCAUAAUAUAUGAAAUGUAAUUCAAUAAUUAAUCUUAGAUUCUAUGGGGUUCAUCCUUUCAAAUCAUCUAACUCUGGUAGUCUUAGUUUCAAUGAUAAAAUCAAAUUGCCUUAAUCAUUAAAAAAUCUUCUAAUCUAAAUGACUCGAAUUUAACCUAAAUACAGAUUCACAUUAAAGGAGUGUCUAGAAUAAGACUUCUUUAAAGAGAAUCUAGAUUCUAAUUAUUUGGAUGAUUUAUUGAAAUUCAGUUUGGUUGAUUCUAUCUAUUAGAAAUCUAAUAAUAUUUCAAGAAAGAAUUCUUUUGAUCCUUCAAUCAAAUUAGAAAGAUUAAAUAAACACGAAUCUGUUAAAAACAAAACUAUAAAUUCAACAGUUGCUGAAUCAAAAAAUCUACUUGGUAAAAGUUUUGGACCAAUUGAGUAGUAAUUACAAGAUGAUUUACAGUUUAGUGAGAAUCACAAUUGUCCCAAUGAUUUCAACAAUUUUCUGUAAAAAAGAAUAUGA